UGUUUCUGCAGCACUCCGAUCCACAUCCAAUUGUGAUACUGAAGGACGUCCGUUUUGCCGAGCUGCAAACUCUAGUUGAAUUCAUGUACAAGGGCGAGGUGAACGUGCAAUAUUGUCAGUUGCCAGCGCUGCUCAAGACAGCCGAAUCACUCAAGGUUAAGGGCCUAGCCGAGAUGACAAAUCAGAAUACGACGCUGCGGGAGCCCGAGCGGGAGCCGGAUCGCCUGCGUCCCCAUUCGCAGGCCAGCGGCGGCAGCGCCGGCGCCAGCAAAGCGGCCGACAGUCCACUGGACGCAGCAGCGGCGGCAGCAGCGUCAGCAGCGUCAGCUCCCAGCUCUUCAACAGCCACGACAGCAGCAGCAGCAGCAGCAGCAGCAGCAGCAGCAACAGUGACAGCAGCUGCAACGACAACAACAACAUCAGCAGCAGCAGCAGCGGCGGAUAAUAUAGCGACAACAGCUGCUGGCAGCAGUAAAACAGCAGCAACAGAAACGACAACAGCAGCGACAACAACAGCAACAAGCACAGCAACAGCAACAACAACAGCAGCAGCAGCAGCAGCAGCAGCAGCAACAACAACGUCAGCGUCAGCUGAGGCGUCAGCAGCGACGUCCACGGCGUCGAAACGUGAGGCAAGCGCACGCUGCAGUCCGACGCCGCCGCCGCCCAAGCGGCCAGCGAGCAGCAGCACGGCAGCCAUUGAGCUGCUGGAGGAUGAGGACGAGGAUGACGAUGAUGAGGCGGAGGAGCUGCUGGAGGAGGAGGACGAUGAGCUGCUCGAGGAGCUGGAGGAGGAGGAGGAGGAUGCAUCAAUGCCGCUAGAUCUCUAUCAAAGACCCGCCGCCGUCGCUGUCACAGCUGCGUCCGCUGAGCCACAUGCCAUGCCGCCAGAGAGCUCAACGAGCAGCAGCCACAACAACAACAGCAACAACAACAACAACAACAGCAGCAGCAACAACAACAAUAAUAACAGCAGCAGCAGCAGCAAUAACAACAACAACAACAACAACAACAACAACAACAGCAGCAGCAGCAACAACCAAAUGAAAGCCACAUGCUCCUCCUCAACGAUCGCCUCGCCCAGCGGCAGCAACGGCAACGAUUGCCGUGGAAGCGGCACGCCGGAGCCGAGCAGCCGUGUCGUCGUGGCCGUUGACAUCGAUGACGACGAUGAGGACGAGCUGGACGAUCACGACAUGACCGAUGUGGAUGACCAUGUCAUCGUGGUGCAUCGGACUGCAGCAGCAGCCGCGGCAGCCGCAGCGCGCGACAUUGCGCAACGAAUCGCGCAUCACAGCGCGCGGCGGGCACAGAACGCGAACGAUGAGGAUGACGACGAUGAUUAUGAUGAUGAGGACGAUGAUCGGCAUGAGCCAGCAUCGUCGACGGCAGCCGCAGCAGCAGCAGCGGUAGCAGCAGCCGCAGCGGCCGCCGUAGCAGCGCAUGAAUCGCAGCUGCACUCGCCCAGCGCUGACGGCGAACUGCAGCCGAAGAAGGAGGUGAUCGACGACGACUACGACGACGAGAUGGAUCUGGAUGACGACGACGAGGCGGACAACAGCAGCAACGAGAUGGGCCUCAACAUGAAGAUGAGCAGCGGCGGUGUCGAUCUCUCCACGGGCUCAACCGUUAUACCAUCACCGCUAAUCUCGAUGCCCUCGUCGUCGUCCGCCGCCGCAGCAGCCGCAGCAGCAGCCGCCGCCGCUGCCAUGGAAUCAGCUCGCUCCACACCAGGCGGCGGUGGCGGUGGCGGUGGCGGUGCCGGCGGCAAUGCCGUCGCCUCCGAUCUAAGUCUGUCAAUGUCGCAAUCCGGACGCCCCUCGUCGCGUUCAUCGCGCGACGGCAGCAGCGCCGCUGCCGACGGACGCUCCAGCAGCCUAUUGAAUCCCGGCAACGUGUCCGGUCUCUUGCCAGUGCAAUCGGUGCCAUUGAGCCUCAAGAAAGAGAUCGAUUGCAGUGAGGAUGAUAACAGCAGUCACAGUAGACACAUGCAACCGCGUUCGGCAUCAGCUGGCGGCGGACUGGGCGGCGAUUUGGAUUAUCGCGCCUCGCACGAAUCGGUAAGUCGCAAAUCUCCAGCAAAUACUCCCAGCCAUACCCGAAGUCCGCCCAACACUCCCUCAAAAAACCAAAAAAAAAAAGCAAAAACCCUCCACA